UUUUAUUAGAAAAUCGUUGUUGUGUGCUUGUGCACUUCGUAGUAGUUACCAGUAAGGUAAAAAAAAUAAAUAAAUUAGAGCUAUACAAUGAAUCAUACACCGGCACAGAAAUUUUCGGGCCUAAAUGAUGUGGAAGAGUUUCUAGCCCAAUUUGAAGCGAUUAGUGUGAUAAACAACUGGUCGGACGGGCAAAAAAGAUACGUGAUUGCGACGUAUCUGGAAGGGCCAGCGUUGCAGUGGUAUAAGACCCAUUUUUCUGUAUAUGCCACAUAUGAUGUCAUAGCUCAAAAAUUGAAGGAGCAGUUCCCCUCGCAGGUCGAUUAUGCUCAAGAAUUUUACUAUAGGCGGCAGAGGCCUAAUGAGCCGCUUGUAGAAUAUUUUUACAAUCUCGAUAGUUUGGCAACGAAGGCAAAGAUUGAAGAUGAUGGGAAAUUCAUAAAGCAUUUCCUGAAAUCUUUAGCCCCCAACUAUCAGUGGGUACUUGCCAGCAGGUUGUUCGCGUCUAAAGACGAGCUAAGAAAAACCAUAAUACAAAUGGAAGAUGUAUUUAAUCGUCAGACAAGCUUAGAGCAACAGAGUAUUGAAUUACCAGUGUGUAUUUCAAAAGAUUAUCCUCACUCUUGGCAAGCACAAGGGGAUCCUUCACCCGUUGGUGGAUCCGUCGUUACUUAUUCGAACUAUCAAACGCCACAAACGCCGGACACGGCCGUCGUUCCGUUUGAUAUGCAGCGAAAUACGCCACGCGGAAGAUACAACUUGAGGCCGCGGCAUGUAUAUUCACAAGCUCAAGGUAGUGGUUCUUCGACGAGUUAUCCCCAACGUCGAUUUAAUCAAGGCACAACUGCUCAUGCAAGAGGCGAUCACCCAAACGCACCGCCACGCCGAUAGAUAGCCGGGAUAGUCGGACGUGGAAUGCGGAGCCGGCGUGUUUGAAACAAAGAUUGUGGGACCACAUUGACGUUAUGAGAAAUAUUUGGAGAAAAAUUAAUAUUUUCCUGUACAUGCAGACUUGGAAGGAAAGGAGGAGAAGAUACACCAUCAUAUAGAUAAAAUUUACUUUUGUUUUCCUUUUUCAAUUUGAUAGAUAUAUUAUCCUGUAUGUGCGAAU